AUGCAAGCUAUCAAAUUAGGAAAGAAAUAUCCUGAUUUGAAACAGGAUGAGAUAUUUGAUCUUAUCAAUAAAUUCAGACAAAUAGACGUAGAAGAAAAAGGUAGUGUUGAUAAAGCAACUGUCAUUUCGGCGUUGCAGAGUAACGGAGAAGCUGAUUACGAUUCUGCAAGAGAAACACUCAAACAUGUCAGCAUCGAUUCUUCAGGUAGAGUAGAAUUAGAAGAUUGGGUACAACUUCAUUCUUUACUGAGAACAGCGAAGAAUGCACCUACAUUCGAGACUACCAAAGGAAGGAUCUCGGUCAAAGGUACUGCGGGAACAAACGCCCAACAUACUAUCAACGAAGAUGAGAGAAGUUCAUUCACGGAUCAUAUCAAUGCUGUCCUCGCUGGAGAUAAAGAUAUAGGACAUCUCUUACCUAUCCCUACGGAUAAUAUGCAACUCUUCGACGAAGUCAAAGACGGUCUUAUCCUUUGUAAACUGAUCAACGAUUCCGUUCCUGAUACCAUUGACGAGCGAGUAUUGAAUAAACCAUCAGGUGCCAAAGGUAAACCAAAACCAUUAAACGCCUUCCAAAUCACCGAAAACAACAAUAUCGUCAUCACUUCUGCAAAAGGUAUCGGAUGUUCAGUGGUGAAUAUCGGCCCAUCAGAUAUUGCAGAAGGUAGAGAACAUUUGAUUUUAGGUUUGAUUUGGCAAGUCAUUAGAAGAGGUUUAUUGUCUAAAAUCGAUAUCAAAAUCCAUCCUGAAUUAUACAGAUUAUUACUUGAUGAUGAGACCAUGGAAGAGUUUUUGAGAUUACCUCCUGAUCAAAUCCUUUUGAGAUGGUUCAAUUAUCAUUUGAAAGCUGCCGGUUGGGCAAGAAAAGUCGAGAAUUUCUCCAAGGAUGUAUCAGAUGGAGAAAACUAUACAGUCUUACUCAACCAACUAAAACCGGAUGAAUGUUCAAGAUCACCACUUCAAACCAAAGAUUUACAUCAAAGAGCGGAACAAAUCCUUCAAAACGCAGAUAACAUUGGGUGUAGAAGGUUCCUUACUGCUAAUUCAUUGGUCUCCGGAAACCCUAAAUUGAAUUUGGCAUUCGUCGCAAAUCUGUUCAAUACUUGGCCUGGAUUAGCACCUUUGGAAGAAACGGAGGCUCCUCCUCCUAUAGAAGAUUUCGAUGCUGAAGGAGAGCGGGAAGCUAGAGUUUUCACCUUGUGGUUGAAUUCAUUAGACGUCGAUCCAGGUGUAUACAACUUGUUUGAAGAUCUCAAGGACGGUAAUGUACUACUCCAAGGAUUCGAUAAAGUCAUCCCAGGUUCAGUCAUCUGGAGAAGAGUAUCAAAGCCUAAAGAGGGACAAGAAUUAUCAAGAUUCAAAGCGGUUGAAAAUACGAAUUAUUCAGUUGAUUUAGCGAAAUCAAACGGAAUGCAUAUUGUCGGAAUCCAGGGAUCAGAUAUCGUCGAUGGAACGAAAACGUUGGUAUUAGGUUUGGUAUGGCAAUUGAUGAGAUUAUCAAUCAAUCAAACCCUGGCCAGUAUAUCUAAAAAUGGUAAAGGUGUUACAGAUCAAGAUAUGGUUAAAUGGGCCAAUGAAACUGUUAAAAAAGGUGGUAAAUCUUCAACGAUGAGAUCGUUCAAAGAUCCUUCUUUGUCAAAUGCAGUCUUCUUCUUAGAUUUACUUAAUGGUGUAAAACCUGGUAUUGUAGAUUAUACAUUGGUCACUCAAGGCAAAGAUCAAGAAGAGAAGAGGAUGAAUGCCAAACUUGCCAUCUCAAUUGCAAGAAAGAUGGGUGCUUUGAUUUUCCUUGUUCCAGAAGAUAUCGUCGACGUCAGACCACGACUUAUCCUUACAUUCGUCGGAGCUUUGUGGUCAGCUUCUCUCCACCAAUAA